UGUAAACAAAGCCAUGUACACAUAUUGAUUCCCUCUCUUUGUUUUCUGAUUCUGCUCCUCUACUCUCUUACGAUGAUCGCCUAUCUUUUGCCAUUGUUGGCAUUGAGCAGCUCCGCAGUUUCAGCGGCCGGGCCUCAGCGAGUCCUUGGCCAUCAUGACGGGCCCUCAAACUUUAUUCAUUCUUCAAUUUUCGGCCGCAAGGAUUUGGACAUCAAUUCUGUACCAGAUACAGUAAUCCUAACUCCUUUGUAUAGAGCUCGCGACUCCAAUGGCAACGAUCAAUCGGAGUCCGCAACAUUUGCACACCUCCCCUUUACCGAUUGCACAAAACCCGAGAACAAUGGGACGUUCGAUAUCGGAAUUGUGGGACAUCCUUUUGAUUUAGGUGUAUCCUACAGGCCUGGGGCAAGAUUUGGACCUAAUGGAGCCCGUCUAGGAGCUCGAAGGUUGGCACCAGCCGCCGGAUGGAGCAUGGAUCAUGGAAUCAACCCUUUCCGUGAGUGGGCUACGGUUGUAGACUGUGGUGAUAUUUGGAAUUCGCCAUUUGACAAGUUGAUUGCAAUUCACGAGCUCGAGAAUGGAAUGAAGGCCAUGAACGAGUUAAAGCCGAAGAACGAGUCUGUGGCAGAUGCUGUGAGACUUAUUACGAUUGGUGGAGAUCAUACCAUAACUCUUCCGAUUCUCCGUGCGCUCCACUCAACAUGGGGACGAGUCGCCGUUCUACAUUUUGACAGUCACCUUGACACAUGGGAUCCAAAACAGCUCGGAGGUGGGUUGACCAAGUAUUCCGAGGUCAACCAUGGAACUAUGCUUCAUAUCGCACACGAAGAGGGGCUCUUGUCAAAUCAUAGCAAUAUGCAUCUCGGAUCACGCUGCAUGCUCUUCGAUGAGCACUUUGACUUGGACAACGACCUUCGCUGUGGAUUCAGUUACAUUCGGGCACGCGAACUCGACAGACUUGGUGUAGAUAAGGUUGUUGAGCAGAUUGUUGAUACAGUGGGUGACGAGUAUGUCUAUCUGAGCAUCGAUAUAGACGUUCUGGACCCCGCAUUCGCUCCAGCAACCGGCACGAUUGAACCAGGUGGGUGGACGACUAGAGAGCUUCUACAAAUUAUCAACGGCUUAUCGAAUGCGGGGUUGAAAAUUAUUGGCUCUGACGUCGUCGAGUUCACUCCGGUAUAUGAUAAUGCCGCGGAGACAACGGGAAUCGCAAUUUCUGAGAUAAUUUAUGAAAUUCUGCAGUGGAUGGUACACGUACCUGUCAAAACUCCUAUCAAAGCAUAGUGGCUGUGAGGAGUACAAUUAGAACUCUGAAGCAAUAGACGGUUGUCCAAGAUCGCAGGGUAAAACCAACUACACUGCUCAAGGUAGCAGUAGACCGGACAAAUUGUUGAAGGCUCCAGGAUUUUUAGUACGAUCAAAAAUAAUAAUUGUCAGGUCGCGAAGCAGAAUAACUCUCAUUCAAUAAUAUCCAUUGUAUAAAGAUACAGCAACUAGUCAGGUAGCAUCAAGAAUGAUGCGGCUCAGAUGGG